AUGGGAAGUGACCCGUGGCGGACGGAUACGCACCACGGGGCUGGUGGCGAAUGCGGACAUCGCCACGACACGGGAGCGUAUCGCUCGCCGGACGAAGGUUACCGCCGUCGCGAAGAUCGCAGUCGCGGGCGUGGCCGGGAGGAGCUAUUCUCUGGUCGGCAAGGAGAUCUCGAUGUGGAUGGGGAGGGCGAGGUCGAUAUGGCGGAGAAGCCGCAGGAAAUAGAUCUCGAGAGUGAAGCGAAGGGCGAUGACGAGGCCCAUGAGGAAGGCGCGGGCGAGCAGCGCGAUAUGCACGCCGAAGUCAAGGAAGCCAGUCCGAUGCUGGCGAGCGAGGAGGCUGCGCCAGGCGCGGCAGAAAUAGGCGGGAAGGAUGGUGCGCGGAAACAGACGCGUGGUGAAGAAGGCAACGACGACAGGAGGCGUAGCCGUGGAUCGCGCUCGCCGACCCCCCAUCAGCACCACGACCAGAAUCAUGGUGGCGAGAGGCAUGCGUCAGAUCCGCGGCUGCAGCAAGACAAGAGGCGCGACGGCGGGCAUCGCUCGCCAGAUCCGCGGCUGCAGCGUGACGAGAGGCGCGGCGGCGACCAUCGCUCGCCAGAUCCGCGGCGGCAGCGUGACGAGAGGCGUGGCGGCGACCAUCGCUCGCCAGAUCUGCGGCUGCAGCGUGACGAGAGGCGCGGCGGCGACCAUCGCUCGCCAGAUCCGCGGCUGCGGCGUGACGAGAGGCGCGGCGGCGGCUACCGCUCGCCAGAUCCGCGGCGGCAGCGCGAGGACAGACGUGACGGCGGCAACCGCUCGCCAGAUUUGCGGCAGCAGCGUGAGGACAGGCGCGACGGCGGCUACCGCUCGACUGAUGUGCGGCAGUGGCACGACGAAAUGCGCGGAAGUGGUCACCACUUGCCAGAUCCACGGCAGCGUCGUGGGGAGGAGCGCGGAGACAGCACGCGUUCACCAGAUCCGCGGAGCGCUCGCCUGACGCGCAACGGUAUCCUGGAGGAGGGUGGAGAGGCGAGGCGCGCUCGCCGGAUUGGCGGCAGCAGCUUGAGGAGAGUCACGGGGGCAGACAUCGCUCGCCACCGCGGCAGCGGAGCAGGGAUAUAA